AUGCAGCACUGCGAACAUCCCAACAACCCUGCAGACACCAACUCUGUCAGCGUCCAUCACGUCUGCCUGAAGUGCGGUUUAAAUAACCCGAGCUUCAAAUGGGUCCAGCUUGAUGCCGACGACAGACCCAGCUUUCCUGAUCAGUUUAUUGAUCCUGCUGAUGUCACCGGCUCGGAUGCUGCCCCCCCAGCACACGUUGAAGGAUCUCAGCUUCCUCCGAAAAUAGAGUCUGCUCAUCCCCUUCUUGUACACAGCAGACUCUAUUGUCUGAGGAAGCUGAGAUCCUUCAACGUGUGCAGCAAGAUGCUGGAGAUCUGUCUGUUGUGGCCGAAUGAAUGUGACCUGGAAAAGGGUUUGGAGAUGAGGAAGUGGGUCUUGUCUGGGAUCUUGGCCACAGAGGAAACAUACCUCAGUCACCUGGAGGCACUGCUACUGCCGAUGAAGCCUCUGAAGGCAGCAGCUACCACGUCGCAGCCUGUGCUCACCGUGGCUCAGAUAGAAACCAUCUUCUUCAAAGUGCCUGAGCUCUACGAGAUCCACCGGGAGUUCUACGACGGACUUCUGCCCCGCGUCCAGCAGUGGAGCCACCACCAGAGAGUGGGGGACCUCUUCCAGAAACUGGUGAGCAGAAAGAAAGAUAACUCCAAGACUUCUGUACCCAUGAUGGCAGAUGUGACCUUGCUCUUAAUGGAAGGGACGACAUUGGGCACUCAAGAAAGUGGUUCUGUGAUCCUGGAGAGUCCUGCUCUUCCUGUGAUGGAGGGAGAAUCUGUGACCCUGAUCUGCAGAAACCAGACCUCCACCCUGUCAGCUGACUUCUAUAAAGAUGGCCGCCUCAUCAGGAGCAGCUCUUCAGGAAACAUCACCAUCCACAGGGUUUCUAAAUCUGAUGAAGGACUCUACAAGUGCAGCAUCGCUGAUGGUGGAGAAUCACCAGAGAGCUGGCUGGCUGUCAGAGGUGAGAUCAGCCUUAAAGGUCCAGAAAACAUCUUCUACUAUCUCUGA